CCAUGUGGCACUGGCCAGAGCCAUGUUAUGCCGGCCAGGGCCAUAUGGCACCAGCCAUGGCCCUACAACAGCACCCAGGGCCCUGCGACACCCGCCGUGACCCGUACAGCACCAACCAGGCCCGUACAACACCGUUCUGGGCCCUAUAACAUGGUGCAGGGCCCUAUAACAGCACCCAGGACCCUCUAACACCACCCAAGGCCCUAUACCACCGCCCAGCGCCCUAUAACAUGGUGCGGGACCCUAUAGCACCACCCAGGGCCUAUAAAGGCCUGUCCAGGCCCACACACCAGCACCCAGGGCCCAUAUAGCACCGCCCAGGGCCCCCGUAACACUGCCUGGGCCCAUAUACCAUGUCCAGAGCCCCUGUAGCACCACCCAGGGCCCACAGACCACCACCCAGGCUCCUAUAGCAUCUCCUGGGGCCUAUGUAACUGCCUGGGCCCCUAUAGCACUGCCCAGGGCCCACAGAACAUCACCUAUGCUCCUAUAGCAGUGCUCAGGGCUCAUAUAAGACCGCCCAGGGCCCAUAUAAGAUCGCCUGGGCUCCGAUAGCACCACCCGGACCCAUAUAGCACCCCCCAGGGCUCCUAUAGCACCGCCUAGGGCUCCUGUAGCACCGCCCGGGCCCAUAUAGCACCCGAUGGCCUCUAUAGCACCACCCAGGGCCCCUGUAGCACCACCUGGGCCCACAUGGCACCCCUUGGGGCCCCUAUAACACCACCCGGGCCCAUAUAACACUGCCCGGGCUCUAUAGCGUUGCCCAGGGCCCAUAUAGCACCACUGAGGGCUCCUAUACCACUGUCGGGGCCCAUAUAACACUGUCUGGGCUCCUAUAGCACCCCCAGGGCCCCUGUAGCACCCCCACGGCCUCUAUAGCACCCUAUAGCACCCCUAUAGCACCCCUAGGGGCCCUAUAGCACCCCCAUAGCACCCCUAUAGCACCCCCAGGGCCCCUAUAGCACCCCUAUGGCCCCUAGAGUAUCCCCAGGGCCCCUAUAGCACCAUUAUGGCCCUAUAGCACCUCUAUAGCACCUCUAUAGCAUCUCUAUACCACUCCUAUGGCCCCUAUAUCACCCCCACAGCACCCCUAUGUCCUCUAUAGUACCCUAUAGCACCCCCAGGGCCCCUAUAGCACCCCUAUAGCACCAUCUGGUCCCCUAUAGCACCCCUAUAGCACUCCUAUACCACCCCCAGGGCCCCUAUAGCACCCGUACAGCACCCGUAUAGCACCCGUAUAGCACCUCUAUGGCCCCUGUAGUGCCCCUAUAGCAUCCCUAUCGUACCCUACAGCACCCCUAUCGGGCUCCUAUGGCCCCUAUAGCACCCCUAUGGCCCCUACGGCCCCUACGGCACCCCUACGGCCCCUAUAGCACCCUUAUAGCACCCUUAUAGCACUCCUAGGAGCCCCUAUAGCACGCCUAUAGGACCCUAUGGCACGCCCGGGCCCUCGCGGCCGCUCCGCGGGCGCCCCUCGCGGCCGCCCGGCCCCGUUGCCAUGGCGAGGGCGGCGCGCGGCGGCCCGCGCAGGCCGCGCCGGAAGCCGGGCGCCGUUGCCGUGGCGACGCGGCGUCGCGCGAGACCCGUUGGGAGCCCGCACGCACAGCGCCGAGCGGCCGGGCCCGGGCUCGCCAUGGAGCGGGAGCAGCUCGCCCAGUGCCCUUACGACAGGAGCCACCUCAUUCGCGUGUCCCGCCUGCCCUACCACCUCGUCAAGUGCCAGCGGAACAACCCGCAGGUGGCCCGCACGCUGGCCACCUGCCCCUUCAACGCCACGCACCGGGUGCCCCGGGCCGAGCUGCAAAGCCAUGUCGCCUCCUGCCCCAACAAGUUCCAACUCGACCUCCCCGAUGAAAUGAGUGCGUCCAUCGGCAACAGGAUGAAGCAGACGGAGGUCCCCACGACCUGGCAGCCCCCUCCAUGCCAGGAGGACUGGGAGGCUGAGCUGGAGAACCUGGAGGACGCCCCGCCAUUCAUCCUCAACAUCAAGCCGAACAACCCGCUGCUCCCAUGCCACAGCUCUGCCCCGUCAGCACCCGUGAACCUGAGCAGAGGUGGGAGAGCCGCAGGACACCGGGCGGCGGGUGCGGAGUGACGGGCACAGGAGGGACCAUGGAUGGUGGCAGCAGGACCAGGGCAGAACUUGUUUCUCCCCCAGAACCCGGAAAACUGCACUGCUGGGGAGGGGGGGAUGCGAAACGGGGCCCCCUGGGCUGCUGCUGCUGGGGGGGGGAGGGUUUUACGCACGGGUUUUAUACGCACAUUAUAAAUUUUAAAUGCACGGUACAAAUUUUAAAUGCAUGUCACAUACCUGUGAGUGUGUGUGGUGUUUCGUCACCCAGGGAAGCCAGAAGGGACCCUGUGGGGUGGGGACCCCCGGCGUGGGUACGGCGUGGGGCCCAGCCUGCCCCGCUCCCCCCCACACUCCCUGCCUGCGCUCCCAGCACCCUCCGCGCUGGCCCCGUCCCUUGUGGCACAGACGGGUUGGGGACAGGGCAUGUUGCCCCCCCCCCACCCUUCUGAGGGGGCUCUAACACCAUGAAGGGGACGGGGGCAACAGCUCCAGAGCAGUGGGCUGUCACCUCCCCUGGACCUGUCUGUGUCCCUGUAACCUCUCCAGUGUGUCCUCAUAACCCCCUGGGCCAGUCCCGAUCUCUGUCACCCCCCCACAGAGGGUCCCCACCACCCCUCGGCUCACCCGUGACCCUGUAUUCUCCCAGUAUGUCCCUGUAUCCCUGCUGGGCCAGCCUACGUCCCUGUCACUCCCCCCAGUGUGUCCCCAUACCCCCCCAGUGUAUCCCCAUAACCCCCUGGGCCAGCCCAUGUCCCUGUUACUGCCCCCAGUGUGUCCCCAUAACCCCCCCAGUGUAUCCCCAAGACCCCCACGUCAAGCCCUUGUUCCUGUCACCCCCCCCCCCCCCAGUGUGUCUCUGUCACCCCUAGGCUCACCCAUGUCCUUGUACCACCCCAGUGUGUCCCCGUAAACCCCCUGCCCUGCCUGUGCCCUGUCCCCGUCCCCCCAGGCCCCCGGAGCCCUGCUGUCCCCCCCCAACCACCCCUAAACUCAGGCUGUGGUGGGGACAGCAACAAAGAGGACGACCGGGACCACUCGGUGUGACCAAACCGGCUCAAGGUGACCCCAAACCCCCCCUGGUCCCGGUGCCUGGGGGGGGUGCCCCCCCGCUCCGUCCCUCUCCCACCAAAACAGGCGUUUCCAGGCGGGCACUGCCCAGAUUUUGGGCUCAGAAGGGGCUAUUUUUGUGCCUCUUGCGCAAGGCGGGCGCCUCGUGCUCGGGCUGUGUCGCAGGGCAUUGGGCCGUGGGUUCCCCACCCGGGGUGGGGGGAGCCUCAUUACCCCCCCCCCCCCCCCCCCGCUCUCUGCAUUCCUCCAAAAUAUGUGUCACACUGUCCAUUCCCCGUGUCCCCCCCCCCCGCCAGCCCGGCAGUGACACACACCCGUCACACCCAAAUUGCUCUUAACCCCAGUGUCACGCCGGGAAUGGGGGGGGGGGGGGGAUCCCCCAAUCCAACCCCCCCAAGUUAAUUCCUUCUCCCCUUCUCC